AUGGCUUGUGGAAUGUAUGUUGGAUCAUGCGAUAGUAGUUCUCAUCAUGGAAAAGUUGUUGUUCUUAGUAUUGCUUUACUAGGUGUAGGAGCUGCUUUGGGAUAUAUGAUCGGUCAAAUGACUAGUUCAAAAAAUAAGGUUAACAAAAAAUACAAGUUGGAUCAACCUAAAGUUGUUGAUAUAAUUGAUGUUGAAGAUAUCGGAGAAAAAGUUUCAUUAUGUAGAUGUUGGAAAAGUGAAAAAUUCCCAUACUGUGAUGGAUCACACAACAAACAUAAUGAAGAAUGUAAAGAUAAUGUAGGACCAUGUCUUAUAAGAAAAAAACCAACUCAAGAUUAA